GACGUGGAUCUCGCGCUCCGUUGUCGAUGGGCGCGCGAGGAGGUUCGAGCGUCGACCGACCCGCGGCGGACUCACACGUGAUACCGUCGUGCGGGAGUGCGCGCCUCGUUUUAGCCGCGGCGACAUUGGACCUCCCGUUCGUCGCCUGCCGCGUCCGAGCGGAGCAGAGCGGAGCGGAGCGGAGCAAAGCAGAGCGAAGCGGAGCGUCGAGGCGGGACGCGCCGCACCGCUGGAAAACCAUCGCGAGAUGCGGUUCUCCACGGGAGAGUGCGAACAAUUGCAUUUCAGAAUUCGAGAUAAUUAAUCCGGAGGCAAUUAACGUGUGGUUGAGGACAUGGCGAUCGACAUUUUAGACGAGGAUCAUCUCGCCGUGAGCGCGAUCGUGACCGUCGGCAUGCAGCUGAUUUUCUUCACGAUCGCGGCCACUUUCCAAAUGGACAAGUUAACGGACUUCGCCGGCGGCACCAACUUUAUCAUCCUCGCCCUUCUCACUUUCUUUCUCGGUCAAGUGGGCAAGACGUACGACAGCCGACAAGUCAUGGUGACCGUGUUUGUCUGCUUGUGGGGGGUACGGCUCUCCGGAUAUUUGCUGUAUAGAAUCAUCAAGAUAGGCCGUGACAAGAGAUUCGACGAUCGUCGCAGCAACGUGAUUCGCUUCGCCGUGUUCUGGACAUUCCAGGCUGUGUGGGUGUACGUCGUCAGCCUGCCUGUGAUAAUAAUCAAUUCUCCACGUCACAAGAUACCGCCCGCACCGAAAACUAUGACGACCCUCGACAGCGCUGGCACGGGUCUCUUCCUGAUCGGCUUGCUGGCUGAGACUUACGCCGAUCUGCAAAAGUUCGCUUUCAAGCAGGACCCGGUGAACAAUGGAAAAUGGUGUAACGAUGGACUUUGGAGGCUGUCACGACAUCCGAAUUAUUUCGGCGAGAUCGUCGUCUGGUGGGGAAUAUUCAUAAUAUCUUUGAACGUUAUCGAAGGAGCGGAAUGGGUAGCUAUCGCAUCCCCGAUUUUCACGACGUUUAUUAUAUUAUUCCUGUCAGGAAUGCCGUUAUUGGAAAAGGCGUCGGAUGAGAGAUACCGAGACAACGCGGAAUAUCGUUACUACAAGCAAUCCACGUCGCCGUUGAUACCGAUACCGCCGUCCAUUUACGUCGAGGUGCCGCGUUUCCUCAAGUUCAUCCUCUGCUGCGAAUUUCCGCUGUAUGACUCUCUGGAUGUGAAACCGAGAUCAGCCGUCACCGAGUCAACAUCCAUCAGUCUCGCGGCGUCCACGUAGCUGUAGCCACACGCCGGACGUCCGAAUUCUGAGUCCGGCGUGCAGUCAACAGCAACAGCUACGGCCAGUACAGCCUUCUGAGUGUAACUUUACCUCC